CCUCGCCUCCAUGUCAAACGCCCAGCGCAGACAUCACAAGACGUACAGUGGCUGCUGGACCUGUCGAGCCCGCAAAGUAAAAUGUGACGAGGCCAGACCAUCCUGCCGCCAAUGCCGACGCAGUGGCCGCGAAUGUGAAGGCUACAAUGUGCGAUUGCGGUGGGUCAUCAACGAGGAAGCUGACUCCGAUAUUUCUCUCCAAAUACCACAGUCGCAGCGAAGUCGAGUGGCACUGAGUCCCCAUCGCACUCGCAUUCCCUUCUCCAAGGUGGAGGAGAUUCUAACAAGGCUUGACGCAUUGGAGUCCCCUUGUAAACAGGCUGAUCGGACGGAUCUUUCGCUUUUUAUUUCUGGGUUUGGUGUUUUUGGGAGAACCAGCAGCACCUCUGUCGAGCCUUCGAGCGACGAGCAUUCGCAUGACGGCCGCAUUGUCACAUACGCAGACCAUUCUACGCCGCCGCCUCUCUGGGUCUCGAGUCCAUAUUCAGUGGGUGAGGACCGUGUGUUGCCGCCUACUGCACCAGAACUGUUUGGAGAGGUUUCCCAUGAGACGUUAGAUACUCCUGGACACACUGACGAUAUUCCACAGCUACUACAUGCCCAUGAUGAUUCUCUAUCAGUUCCAUCUCCCAAUUUAUGUCCGGAACCUCUCUAUCUUUCGUCUACGGAGCGCUUCCUUAUCAACCACUACGCCAACAGGGUAGUUCAACUUUUCUGCGUAGUGGACAAUGAAAAGAGCAUGUGGAAGACAAUCCAUCUGCCAAAAGGGCUACAAGCUGCUGGCGAGCUCAGUUUGACAGGAUCAACGUCGACAAUUCGCAAGGCACUCUUAAGUACUCUCCUGUCAAUCAGUGCGUUCUGUCUGUUCAACUACCGCAAAUCUCAGCUCCGACGAGACGAAGCUAUCCAGUGGAAAGCCACAGCAGAGGAGUUCCGAUGCAAGGCAAUCGAGUUGUUGAAAGAUGCUAUGGAUACUGACCUUUACUCUCGGCCACUACCUAAAUACAAGGACUUUUUAGCGACCAUGCUGUCCAUGGUGACAAUUAAUGUUAUAUCGGGUGAUAUCGACACUUGCGGUCUACAUCUCGACGGCGCACUGCGCUUCAUCAACCACGCCCAGAGCUGGAAAACCAGAUACUCAAGCAAGGCUCAAGGCCUGCACCGGCAGUACCUCUAUCUUCGAACAAUAUACGAAAGCACCUGUCCACGAGGUCGGCUAAAGAACCAUCCUUUCCUUUCCCCUACAAUAUCAGGAGCAGAUCCCAACAGUUCGCAGGAUAUCUUCCGCCGCGACCUCCUCCGAAGACAUUCAUUCAAUAUACAAUCUAGUCCGCGAGAUAAUUCCCAUAUCACAAGCUACGAAACCGUAUACGGGAUACCAUACGACCUGCUAUUCCUCCUAACCCAGGUUAUAGAACUCAUCAACAAACUCCACGACUCGCAAAGCCCAAGCCAAGGCCUCCUAAUCCCAGACCACCUUGUCGCCGAAUGCGACGAGCUCGAGAAUACAAUCAUGGAAUGGCGCGGCGACAUAAUACUCGACGACACCGUGCAGACAAACAUAAACUCCCAGAUCAUCCACCAACAGACAAUCGCCUUCCACAAUGCCCUGAUCAUCUACUUCGCGCAGCACAUCCGCCUGCUAAGCCACCGCUUCCUGCAGCCGUACGUCAAAUCCGUCCUCGAGAGUAUAGAGGCAAUGGAGAGGAUCAAGUUCGAGACGAAUAUUCUCGCGGCCCCGCUGUAUUGGCCCGCGUUUGUGGCGGCCAGUGAGGCGUUUGAUGGGGCGCUGCAGGAGCGGUUUCGGCGGUGGCAUGACCAUAUGGAGGUUUAUGGGAUUGAGGCGUUGCGCACUGGGAUGGAUGUUGUGGAGGAGGUUUGGAAUGCGGGUCCGUCGGCGAGGAAUCGCACGACAAGUUAUUGGAGGGCGAUUGUUGAGGAUAAAGGGAUGGUGUUGAUGCUGAGUUAAAGAAUACAUUAAAGAAAUUAUUCGGUUGUUACUUGUGUCUUCACAUGAACUUUGUCCAAGUCAACUCAAUUAACAAGGAUAUACAAUGAUAUACAAUGAAAGGCUGAAGGGA